AUGAAUGUUCUGGUAAUUGAUUAAAACGUACUGCUUAACCUUAAUGGGUUUGUUAUAGUUAAUUGCGUUAUAAAUUCUAAUAAAGGGUUAAAAUUGAAUAACACAAUUCCGACUAAUUUAAGUCGAAAUUUGGUCCAAACUUAAUUAAGAAGUUCUAAUCAGACUAAAACUAAAAACAUAAAAAUAAGGAAGCUUUACUUUAUGCAAAUUUAAGUAACAGUUACUAACUAGGCUUGCCCUACCUUGCCCAGCCUAGCCUAGCCCAACCCAGCCCAGCCCAGCCCAGCCCAGCCCAGCCCAGCCCAGCCCAGCCCAGCCCAGCCCAGCCCAGCCCAGCCCAGCCCAGCCCAGCCCAGCUCAGCCCAACCCAGCCCAGCCCAGCCCAGCCCAGCCCAGCCCAGCCCAGCCUAACCCAGCACAGCCCAGCCCAGCCCAGCCCAGCCUAACACAGCCCAGCCCAGCCCAGCCCAGCCCAGCCCAGCCCAGCCCAGCCCAGCCCAGCCCAGCCCAGCCCAGCCCAGCCCAGCCCAGCCCAGCCUAG